AUGUUGGCCUGUUGGAGGGCCCGGCCCGUUUUUCCAAGGGUUGAUCAGUGUAAUUUCAGACGUGGGCUUUGUUGCAGAGCGGAGGAUCAAGCAGUGCCUUUUACUGAAAGGCGAAACAGGAAGAAAGUCGUUAUAGUGGGUUCAGGCUGGGCCGGGCUCGGCGCUGCUCACCACCUUUGCAAACAGGGGUUUGAUGUUACUGUUCUUGAGGGUGGUUAUGAACUUGGCCGCAAAACGAAGUCUAUUAGUCCUGAAGAGGCGGGCAUAAACGGCUUUUGGUAUCCCUACCGGAAUAUAUUUAACUUGGUUGAUGAGCUUGGUCUUGAACCCUUCACGAGUUGGAUGAAGUCUGCACAAUAUUCCGAAGAAGGAUUGGAGGUCGAAUAUCCUAUAUUCCAAGGCUUGCCACAGCUGCCAACGCCAUUCGGGACAUUAUUCAACACCCAAUUUGUUCGACUGCCCCUCAUCGAUCGGUUGACAUCACUUCCUCUCAUGGCUGCUGUAAUUGAUUUCGACAACACUGAUACUGCAUGGAGAAAAUACGACUCAAUCACCGCAAGGGAAAUGUUGAGACAAUAUGGAUGCUCGGAGAGACUUUUUAGCAAUGUUUUUGAUCCGUUGAUUCAAGUGGGAUUGUAUGCUCGUGCCGAGCAAUGUAGCGCUGCUGCUACCCUAGGGAUGCUAUAUUAUUUCGUGCUCGCAAACCAGAAAAAUUUCAACUCGGUAUGGUGUCGUGGGCCGAUUAGAGAGAAAAUUUUCCAGCCAUGGAUAGAAUCCUUAAAAUCCAAUGGUUGCCGGUUUUUCGAGGGCAGAAAAGUAACAGAUUUUGUGCUUGACGAGAAAACGGGUUGCGUUUCUGAAGUUAUAUGCGAGAAGGAGAGUUUUAAGGCUGAUGCCUUCAUAUUGUCUGUCGGGAUCUCAACCCUCCAAGAAAUUAUCCAAACAAGUGCAGUGUUGUGUUCGAGAGAUGAGUUUCUGAACGUUAUGAAGCUGAAAAGCGCGGAUUUGGUUACGGUUAAGCUUUGGCUUGAUAGGAAGGUUAAUAUUCCACAUGCAAGCAAUGUCUCUUGUGGAUACGGCAAUGCUUGUGCUUGGACUUUCUUCGACCUAACCGGAAUACACGACGAGCAUAAAGGCAGUUCAUUGAUGAUUGUCCAAGCUGAUUUAUAUCAUGCGAACGAGUUGAUGCCACUAAAAGACGAAAAAAUUGUCGAAAAGGUGAUGUCUUGGCUCUCAAGGUGUAUCGACGACUUUGAAAAUGCAAUCGUGGUCGAUAAGGAAAUCGGGAGGUAUCCGAAGCUCCAUACCCACUUUUUCCCAGGUUCAUAUAAGUACAUGAUGCGAGGGUCGACAUCUUUCCCUAACUUAUACAUGGCUGGGGAUUGGAUAGUAAACCGUCACGGAUCAUGGUCACAGGAGAAAUCAUAUGUGAGUGGGCUUGAAGCUGCAAAUAGAGUGGUGGACCAUUUAGAGGAAGGCGCAUUUGCCAAAAUCGUGCCGGUUCAAGAAGACGAACCGCACAUUGAAGCAAUUAGGAGCUUCAAUAGAAACUUUUCUGAUAUUACAGCACAACUUCCAUGGACUAACUAUUUUCUUCAAUAA